AUGAAGCCAGAAGUACGGAGCCGCAUUAUGUACCUCAGCGAUCCUCAGUUCCACAUGGAUGCCAACAAAAUAUGGUUUAUCUACAGACUGAUAAUAAGCAGGGCACUCUGUGAACUCACCCAACAGAAUAGGGCAGACAAUGUACCCAUGCUACUAGGAGCGCCAGUGGGAGGAGACGAACACGAAAGAUCUCGAGAAGAUUUCCCUUCAGACGAUAAUAACAACCCAGGAAGUUUAGCAAAUUUCAAUAUCCGACGAUACUACAAAAGAAUAAUUGAACCGCCAUCUGAAAAUAUUCCAUUAAGCGUAAAUCGAAACGAAAAUUCGCAAGACAGAAACCUGUCUUUUCAAGAUCCAUCAGAACCAACACAAAGUAAUAAUGAAAGUUUGAAUGAUUCUUCUGAUUUCCGCCCGCCAUCUACAUCGCUUGAUAUUGUUGCCAGUGCACCUGCUAUCUUGGCUGCUACGGCUGCUGCUUCUACUGCUGCAGCUACCACCGACUCUAAUGAUGGUAGCGCUGGUAAUCUGAAAAAUACAACAGACAAAUCUGAGAUGCCGUUGAAACGUAGCAGUAGUUUAAACAGGAUCUUUCCAGAACCACCUCUCGAUUUGCGACAGAGGAAUACCUAUUAA